AUGGAAAAAGACGGCAACGACGCGAUGGGCAAGGCCCACAACGUCGAAGACGCUGCGGUUCCCGGCGGCGGCGUACUUCUCUACGAGGAAAAUGGCCGAGCCUGUAACUUGCCUGUCCCGUCCUCCGACCCCAAUGAUCCCCUCAACUUUGGGGUCUGGCGACAGCGACUCGUCCUGGCGGCUGUCUGCAUGUACGGCAUCGCGGGCUUCGGUGUGAUCCAGUCCACUCCGCUCAUCUUUGGGAAUCUCAUUAGCGAAUACAAGAUGCAGACUCGCGGUACGUUCGACCCGGCUCGCAUUGCAGACCUUUCGAGUUAUCCAUCCCUUUGCAUGGGCUUGGGGAACUUUUUCUUUGUUCCCUUAUCUAUGGCCCUGGGCCGACGGCCUGCCUUCAUUCUAAGUAAUGCCAUUCUGGUAGCGUCUAUCAUCUGGGCCGCAAAGUCGCAGUCUUUCGAGUCACAUCUUGGCGCUCGAUGCCUGCAAGGACUCACCGCAGGCGUAUCCGAUUGUCUUCUACCCAUCAUCGUCUUGGACAUGUCUUUCCUCUACAAGCGUAGUGCGCGCCUUGUGGCAUACUGGGCUAUAACCGCUAUCGGCUCCUCGAUUCUACUGGUACCCGUACCGUUCAUUCUUCAGCACGCCGGCAAUAACUGGAGGCUAAACUAUUGGUUCUGGCUGGCCUUUGCCAUGUUCUCCUUGAUCGUGGUUGUGUUCUGCGUGCCUGAAACCCUCUUCGCCCGCCGUGCCGCCGAACUUGACGGCAGGGUUCACGCCACCGACGCAUAUGGAACUCACCGAGUCUUUGCUACAGCUGAGGCUGCUCGGAAUGCUGGCUUCGAUAUCGACAGUGCCCAAUCGGACGAAGUGCCCAAGGAUAUAUCCUAUAUGCGCCAGCUUGCGGCCUUUACCGUUCAGCCGUCUCCCUUUGCACGCUUUGCAGGAGCGUACAAGGACAUUUUCUUCUCUAUCCUGGUACCGGGUACUCUCUGGGCGCUACUCUUUAACAGCUUUGUCUUUGGUGGUCUCGUCGUGCUAAGUCUCACGUACGCCCAGCGUCUCGAGAUGCCGCCAUGGCAUUUUUCUCCGUCUGCAGUCGGGACGAUUCAAAUCGCAGCCGCCAUCGGAGCAACGUUCGGACUAGCUUACGGACAUGUGGCGGAGCCCGUAAGCCGUUAUUUGACCCGUCGCAACCAUGGCAUCCGUGAACCUGAGCAUGUUCUGCCCAAUUUCAUCCUACCCACGAUAAUCUGCUUCGUAGGCAUGAUAAUCUACGGCGUUGUUGGUUCAAGUCCCCAGAACUAUAGCUGGGUUGGGCUAUAUGCUGGCUUCGCACUCUUCUACUUUGGCUUUUGUGCUAUUUCAGCCGUGACGGGUGUUUGGCUAGGCGAGCUGCUUCCGCACAUGUCAGGCCCUGCGAUUGUCAUGACAUGCGGAGGGAGAAACGCCCUCUCGUUCGGUUACAGUCACUCAUUUAAUUCUUGGAUGAGCGGAAUGGGCUUUAGAGACACCUACAUUCUGUUUGGUGGUAUUCUUUGUGUCCUGGGAUUUCUUGCUAUACCUUUGUAUUUUUUCAACAUGCGUAUCCGUAAAGUCAUGCAGUAUAUUCCGUUUCUCCGCGCUCAUUGA